CCUGGGCUCCGCAGAGCAAGGAGCGAGCGGUCAGCGCGGAAGCCGAGCCGGAGCCGCGCGCGCGCGUCCCGUCCUGAGGCCGACGCCAGCUUGCCGGCAUGGCCCCUGCAGCGGCUUCGGGGGGCAGCACCCUGCCCAGCGGCUUCUCGGUCUUCGCCACCUUCCCUGACCUGCUCUUCGUCUUGGAAUUUAUCUUUGGGGGCCUGGUAUGGAUCCUCAUUGCCUCCUCUCUGGUGCCAAUCCCCCUGGUCCAGGGCUGGGUGAUGUUUGUGUCUGUGUUCUGCUUCGUGGCCACCACUUCCCUGCUUGUCCUGUACAUAAUUGGCGCCCAUGGUGGGGAGACUUCCUGGGUCACCCUGGAUGCAGCCUACCAAUGUGUUGCUGCCAUGUUUUACCUCAGUGCCUCGGUCCUGGAAGCCCUGGCUACCAUCUCCAUGCAAGAUGGCUUCACCUUCAAGCACUACCAUGAAAACAUCUCUGCUGUGGUGUUUUCCUAUGUAGCCACUCUGCUCUACGUGGUCCAUGCAGUGUUUUCUCUAAUCAGAUGGAAGUCUUCCUAAAGCAGCAGCACAUGUGCUAGAAACCCAGAUGAUGUCAGCUCAUCCACCAGCGCAAGUUUCUAGAACACAGACAUGAUGGUGAAAAAAAAACCAACCACACAGACCACACACACACACACACACACACAGCAACCCUCUAUCUCUCUUGCAGGUGUCAUGUUUACGCUCCCAUAGGCCUUCUUCCAGGGGUGGGGGGCUGGCUUUGUUUAACUUCCAUCUACUGAGCUAUCUUCUUAGGGCCACUUUGUCUGAGAGUGGGGCUAGUAAUGGAAUUGGAGACCAUGAUCUAAGAAGGAAACAAUAACCACCCAACUGACCAGAUCUUCAGAACCACCCACUGGAAUUUUCCACAAGCACCUUUGAGUACUUCAACUUCUGGCCUGUUUCUAAGUCUUCAUGAAUAUUCUGUGUCAAAGAGACUGAAACACCCAACAAAAAUCUCCAAGAUGUCCGUGGUGGAAGAUUAUACCCUUUGAAAUCCUCCAUAAAGUGUCUUUUAUGUUCAA